AUGUCGAAAGGUGAAAAAAUUAAUCCAAAUCUCAAAUCUAAAAAAGGAGAUUUUCCUUUGAAAUUCGCUGUUAUUUCUGGAAAUGAAGAGAUUAUUGAUAAAUUACUUGAACAUCCAAAUAUAGAUGUUAAUAACAGAGAUGAUGAAGGCUGCACCGCGUUAUUCCAUGCUGCGAGAUUAUCAAAAUCAAGUACAAUUCUUCAAAUCAUGGAACAAUCUGAAAAAGCUGAUCCAAAUUUAAGUGGAUCAAAUGGUUUUUCUCCAUUAAUUAUCUCUGUUUUGUCUGGUAAUGUUGAUUGUGUAAAGACACUUCUUUCUUAUGAAAGGACAGAUGUAAAUCACAAAGAUGGAAAUGGGAAUACUGCCUUAAUUGCUGCUUGUGGAAUUAAAAAUUAUGAAAUGGCGAAAUUAAUUUUAGCACAGAAAAACUUGAAUAUUAAUGCAAGAGGGAAACUCGGAAAUACUGCAUUAAUGACAGCAAGCAUGAGAGGAUGCAAGGAUAUUGUUGAAUUGAUCUGCAAUUAUCAAGGCGUUAAUGUUAAUUUGAGAAAUGAUAAUGAUAAUACUCCUCUUCACGAAGCAAUCAGAUUUAAACAUAAAGAAGUAGUGCUUUACUUGAUGAAAUUAAAGGAUAUUGCUUUAAACACACCUAAUAAAAGCGGUGAAACACCAGUUGCUGUUGCUGCUUCAUCUGGAGAUGUUGAAAUAAUGGCGAACUUACUGACUUUAAGAGGUAUUGAUGCUAAUUACACAAAUGGAGUUAAUCCAACACCAUUGGCCAUAGCCAUUAAAGCAGGAAAUAUUAACUUAGUGAGAAUGAUGGUACUUUCACCUUAUGUUGAUGUGAAUAUGCCAUCUCCUCCUGAUUCAUUUUCUCCAGCUUUUAUCGCUGCUUCCGAAGGAAAAAGUCAAAUUUUGGAGGCAAUUUUAAGAAGCCCUGGAAUUAGGAGUGACUUAAAACCUGGUAAUGGAGCAAAGUUUUUAUUCGAUGCAGCUGAAGGUAACAAAGAAGUAAUCGCUGUUCUAGAAAGAAAUGGAUUAUCAAACUCAUAA